AUGUGUACUCAGAUUGAUUUCAUCCUGUGCUGCAGGGUGCAUUUGAAGGAAGAUAAAGAUUGCAAGGUCAUUCCAGGUCAAAGCGUGGCAUGUAGUCAUUGGGAAAAUGAAGCUGACAAGCCAAAGAAGAGAGAAAAGAGCAAAGGAAUUGCUUGGUGUGACAACUGGGAAGAAGGGGGGCAAGGAAACAUGGUGCUGGAACAAAGUACAGGAAGCUUUUGCGGGAAAGAAGGAAACAUGGUGUAUAGAGUGGCAAAGCAGAGGGAUAGAGCAGCAAAGGAUGUACAGCAAAUCAGUCUGAUAAAGGUUAAAGUGUUGACCACUGACGAGGAGGUGCUGCAGAGAUGGAAAGACUACUUCGAAGGGCUGAUGAAUGUUGAAAACCCCAGGGAAAUGAGAGAGGAAAAUGGGGUGAUGGCAGAAGUAAUGGUUGCAGGAGUAACACAGGAUAAGGUAAAGAAGAUACUGAAGAGGAUAAAGAGGGGAGAUAUAAUACCAGAUGAAUGGAGAAAGAGCACAUUGAUAGCCUAUGCAAGGCUAAGGAGUUGCUGCAGAAUUAGUGAUGAACAGUUUGGUUUUAUGUACACAGACGCCAUUUUUGCACUGCAAAUAUUGAUGGAAAAGUACAGAGAGGGACAUGCAUAA